AGCACGCACAGAGUGUGUGUGGGUGUGUGUGAGUGCAGUGAAAAAGGAGACAACCAAACAAAUGCGGUUGUAGAGAGAGAGAGUAACAAAUCAAGGCGUCUAUUAAAGCUGUUUCUUGGAAUCCCGCAACGCCGUUUCUCUCACUUGGCCGCCUCAGUUUGAUGUUCGUUGCCUACCCAGAGUGAGAAAGAAGGCAGGAAAUUUGAAGAGGAUAAAUCUUUUCUUUGGUGGUUCUUUUUUUUUACUCGGGAGUCUCUUCGUUUGUUGAAGAAGAGCUGGUUUUCCGGCGGUUGUGUAACGGCGGAGGGUUUUAGUCCACGGUUACGGUGGUUUUUGGUCGAUAUUUUUACUGGGUUUAUGUUAUUUGCAGUGGUUAAUUUAAUUAAGGCAUGUAAGUAAGUGAAUUUAGCGUAGUGUUAAUGGGGUGAUGCAUGGUGUAUUCUCAAUCUUUCUUCAGAUACGAGCUUUGAUUAAGGGUAAAAAAGAUCCCAGUUCUUCUUUCCAGAUAGAGAAGCAAAAUUGGAGUGGUAAUGGCAAAUAGAUGGUCUUUUUCUCAGCAGCAGAACAGCUGUUUUUCAGCUGAAGGAGGUGGAAGGAAGGAUCUGUUGUAUGGGGAGUUAUGGAAGGCUUGUGCAGGUCCAUUGGUGGAUGUUCCAGUAGUUGGAGAAAGAGUUUACUAUUUUCCACAAGGUCAUAUGGAGCAAUUGGAGGCUUCCACCAAUCAAGAACUGAAUCAGAGGAAACCAAUGUUCAAUCUGCCCCCAAAGAUUCUUUGUCGUGUUUUUGACAUUCAGCUACUGGCCGAACAAGAUACUGAUGAAGUUUAUGCACAAAUUACUUUGAUGCCUGAAGCAGAUCAACCUGAACCAACAAGUCCUGAUGACGCCCCCGAUGAGCCCCCUAGACCUGUAGUUCACUCAUUUUGCAAGGUGUUGACAGCCUCUGAUACAAGCACCCAUGGUGGAUUCUCAGUCCUUAGGAAGCAUGCUAACGAGUGCCUCCCUUCAUUGGAUAUGACCCAGCAGACGCCAACUCAGGAACUGAUAGCCAUGGAUCUGCAUGGGAUUGAAUGGCAUUUUAAGCACAUAUUUCGAGGUCAGCCUCGAAGGCAUUUGCUCACAACGGGAUGGAGUACAUUUGUUACUUCAAAGAGACUAGUUGCUGGGGAUUCUUUUGUGUUUCUUAGGGGAGAGAGUGGGGAGUUACGUGUCGGGGUUAGGCGCCAUGCUCAUCAACAGAGUUCAAUGCCAUCGUCGGUGAUUUCAAGUCAGAGCAUGCACCUGGGAGUGCUUGCAACGGCAUCUCAUGCUGUUUUAACUCGAACUCUGUUUGUUGUUUAUUACAAGCCAAGAACAAGUCAGUUCAUCAUAGGACUGAACAAAUAUCUAGAAGCUGUUAGCCGCAAAUUUGGAGUUGGGAUGAGAUUCACGAUGCGCUUUGAGGGGGAGGAUUCUCCCGAGAGGAGGUUUUCAGGUACAAUUGUUGGGGUGGAGGAUAUUUCUCCUCACUGGGAAGAUUCUAAAUGGCGAUCUUUGAAGGUCCAAUGGGAUGAACCUGCAUCCAUUCCAAGACCAGAAAGGGUUUCUCCUUGGGAGAUAGAACCAUUUUCAGUGUCUGUCCCCACCAGCCUGGUUCAGCCACCAACAAUGAAGCAUAAGAGACCCCGUCCUCGUGUUGAAAUCCCAGUUUCUGAGGCAGGAUGGCAAUCUUCACCUCGUGUAAAUGCUUCUCCAAAUCUGAUUGCUGAUGAGACGGAAGAAAACAGAAGUGCAUCAGCUUUGUCUGUUAUUUCAAACCAGUCGGCUCCAAACUCGGCAAAACUGAGUAAUAGCCCUGUUCCUUGCCAGAAGGAAAGUAAAUCAGAUACCGUUGCAACAUGCAGAUUGUUCGGGGUCGACUUGAACAGUCCUUCACUAGUGCCUCCUCAUGAGAACGCUUCUCUAAAACCAGCCGAUGCACCACAAGAUGCUGAAGUAUAUAUUCCAAGUGUGCUGUUAUCAGGUGAUUUGGAGCAGAAAUCUAGUGUUUCGAGGGAUUCAAAAGAACCACCGAAGAAAGGCCAGUUGCAAGUUCCAACAAAGGAUGUUCAGAGCCGACAGAGUCACUCCACCAGAAGUCGCACCAAGGUACAAAUGCAUGGGGUUGCAGUUGGUCGUGCAGUGGACUUGACCACAUUGAACGGGUAUGAUGAGCUUAUAACCGAACUUGAAGAAAUGUUCGAAAUUAAGGGAGAGCUACGGCCCCGAAAUAAAUGGGAAAUCGUCUUUACAGACGAUGAAGGAGAUACGAUGCUUGUGGGAGACGAUCCAUGGCCAGAAUUCUGCAACAUGGUUCGAAGAAUUUUCAUCUGUUCUAACCAGGACGUGAAGAAAAUGAAAGGAAGCAAGCUCCCCUUACCAUCUGCAGAAUGUGAAGACUAAAUCAAUCUUGUCUGCUGCUUCCCUUUCGUUAUACCUCUUUUCCUUGUUUGAAGUCUAUUUUCGUUUUCAAGAAACGGAGCCAGUUUUGUUCUGCUGGAAAUUGCGUGAACACUAUUUGGUUUGUGGCGGGACGACCCUUAGUUUAUCCGCUUAAUAAUCAUAGAGACUAGUUUUGCGAAUACUUUGAUGGACGAUUAUCAGGGCAACUAUCCAAGUAGGCUUUAGAUUCUGUUCAUAUUAGGGGGGGUGUUCCUGGUGUAAUCGGGACGAGACUAAGACCGUCUCAUCCUCUACAUGUAAAUAUACCUGUGUCUGAUUUCUGGUACUGAAAUUAGAGGCUUUUCUUGCAUGUGAAUCUGUAAUGGUUCAUUCAAGCAAAAGAGUACUGUUGAUGCUGAUUUUCAUGGAUGUGCAUAAAUUUUCUUCAUCUGUA